UCGGUCAAAUGUCAGGUAUGGUGGAUGCUUUGCUCGAAAAAGAAGAUGGAAUAGUGCUCAGUGAUAACGACGUGUCAUUAAUAGCGUCAUUAAUCAACGUUACAUGCAUUUUCGGCUUCGGUGUGGUGGCCAUUCUCGGAGAGAAGAUUGAUCGGAGACAUACCAUCACAAUCCUCACUGUACCAGUUCUCAUCAGCUACAUCAUGGUGUAUUUUGGGAAGGAGAAAACGAUUUUCUUUAUAUCCAGAAUUAUCGUUGGCGUCAGCUAUGGAGGCAUUCUCGUAUUGACAAUAGUAACUAUGGCCGAGUAUACAAACCCAAACAAAAGGGCCAUAUGUGUUAAUUACAUCUCGUCUAUAGGACCAUCGCUGGGAACGAUGUUGGGGCAUGUUUUAAGUAUUUUAUUACAUUGGAGAACGGUGGCAUUAAUUGGAUUAAUACCAACUGGUUUGUCCGCCGUCUUACCAAUGUUCUGGAUUAAAAGUCCAUCAUGGCUCGCUAGUCAGGGCAGAUUUGAGGAAUGUAAAGAAGCGUUCAGAUCGAUACAUGGAACAGGCAAAGAAGCUGAAGAAGAGCUUCAAUUAUUAGUAGACACCGAAAGGAAAUCCCAAAGCAAAGUUAAAGCGGGUCAUAACUUAGGUAAAACAAUAGCCAAGUUGAGACAAUCUAUGAAGAAAAAAUACUUUUGGAAAGUGCUUUUAUUGGCGAUUAUAAUUAGUAUAUAUAGAAUAUCUGCGGGCAAGUUAAUGUUCAGUACUUUAGCGAUUACAAUGCUGCAAGAAAUCACUGGUACUUCUAACAUUUUGAUAUUCACCUUAAUAGUUGAUGGCUUUAUCGUUUUGGGCAACAUACUUUCGUUCUUUGCUUUAAAUAAAAUGAAAAUGAGACCACUUUUGUUUUCCCUUGGCUUUAUAUCAAAUACAACGUUGAUAGUUUUGAGUGCAUGUUUAUAUUUUAUACCUAAAGUUAACGCGUAUUAUUCUUGGAUAAGUAUUACUCUUUUAGCUUUUUAUUUUAUACUAGCCUACACGGGACCAUUCGCUAUCAUAGACGUUUUACUAUCUGAAGUCUUUCCACUUGAUGUGAAGUUAUUUUGUAUGUUAUUUGCUAGUUUUUUAAUAGCCAAUAUAGCGUUCCUUAGUAUAUACUUAGCGCCGAUUAUGUUUGCAACCAUUGGGUACGCUGGUGUCUUCCUACUAAAUGCUACAAUAUCGUUUAUUUGUCUAUUGUACUUAUGGUAUAAUUUACCAGAAACAAAAGGUAGAACGUUACAAGAAAUAGAGUUAUUCUUUAAACAGGGUAAAUUUUAUGAUUCGCAACCCAACGAACAAGCAGGAUUACUAUGACCUCAGACGUUCAAAAACAAUAAUCUCUUCUAUUAUAAUAAUUGUGUGCAUUUUGGAACUUAUCAAUUAUAUCAUGACAUUGUU